UCCUGAGGCGCCAUGGGCAGUGGAAGCUGUGAACCGGCGCCGAGCACAGCCACACAUCCCAACCAUGCGCGCCUACCUCCGCUGCGCCGUCGUUGCCCUGCUGGCCUGCGGGGCCGCGGUGUCCUCCACCUUCCUGGACGAGGCGGCGCUGUCCGAGCUCGCCGAGAGGGAGGGGUACGCCCUCACCCUGCACGCCGUCCACCGCGCCCGGAGGCAGGCCGACGACCAGUGCCGCUGCCCGCCGCCGCCUCCGGAGGGCGACGAAGACAUGCCGCCACCGCCGCCGCCGCCGCCGAGCCCUGAGGGCUCUUCCUCCGAGGAGGGUGGCCGGCCGCCGCGACCCCACGGACCCCCACGCGGAUGCUGGCCGCCCCCGCCCGGCCCCUGGGGCCCCCACGGCCACCACCACCACCACCACCGCGGCGGCUUCGAGGCCCACAACGCCCCCGCCUGCGAGCUGCGUCCUCUGUUCCGCGUCCCCGAGAAGUUCAACUUCACCGCCAGGGUGCAGUGCUUCGAGCGCUGGGAGCGCGAGCAGGCCAAGGAGCUGGGCAUGGCGCCGGAGGACCGCAUGGACGUCACCAAGUACAAGCCGACCCAGCGCAAGUCGCUCAUGUGGGACAAAGGGUGUGACACGCAGUGCCACUUCUUGGAGCUCGAGCUGCUGUCCGGCGAGGACGACGCGCUGGCCAUCGACGCCGAGGCCGUGGCGGCCCUGCUCAAGGAGGAGGGCGACUCGUCGGACAUCACCGCCGCCGUGGAGCAGGCCGUCAGCCAGUGCCUGCAGGCCGCGGCCGAGAUGGUGCACUCCAAGCAGGUGUGCCGCACCGGCGCCGACGAGGUGCUGUUCUGCGUGCAGCGGACCCUGGACGAGACGUGCCCUGGAUCCAAGUGGAUGGGACAGCGUUCCUGCGACGAGGUGGCCUCCGUCUCCUCCAAGCUCCGCGCGUGCCACAUGCGUCGCAUGAUGCAGCACCCUCACCCCCCGCCGUUCUUCGACGGCCGCCGCGGCCCCCCGCCGCACUUCAUGCGCCCCGGCGGCCCCGGCGGCCCCGGAGUGUGGCCGCCGCCGUCCGGGCCGGCCACCGUGGCGCAGCCCAACACCCUCCCCGGCGACGACUCCAAGAGCGACGCCUGAGCCGCGCGGGGAACUGCCGUCGCCUCGGGGCACUUCUGCCUCGAGAACCAGCGAACCUCCGCGCGAGCGCGAAAACAACGUGAUAAUACUGUGCCCAUCAUUUCGAGGACGACUUUGAUUAAACAGUCCUCGACUUUAAAACAAA